CAGCGGAGACUGCGACAAGACCGCGCGGUUCUCUUUCCAUUCUCAGUAGUCACAGUCAGACCCGGCAAGACGACCCUCGCACUCGGCCGUCACUUUUCUAUAUUUUACCUACCUAUAAGUACCACUUACUACUAAAAAGUACUAAAAAAAAAUUUCCCUUCAACUCCGUUGCUUCGUCUACGAUCUCCCCCCCCCCCCUCCUAAGUCGCGUCAACAGCUGAUUCUGCAUCGAACGGAUCGUCAGAUUUGGUCACGCAACGAUCACCGAUUCCCGUUUCGGUCGAAAAUUAUAAGUAUAUCGCAAUAUAGUUUGCAGCAGCGCCGCGCAGCUGUUUCCUCGCGGGGGCCGCCCCCUCCGCGUCGUGUAGUGGGAGUUGGUCAGCCGCAUCGCAGAUCAAAUCCGCGAGUGUGACUCCACAUCUCUCCGUGCAAAACGGAGUGGCGGUGCAGUGCUCCGUGCGUGUGUACCAGUACAGCAGUAGACUCUAGUAUAAGAGAGACUAUAGUUCUCCUCUCGCUGCAUAAGCGAGUAUUGAUGGUUUCCAUAUUAGGAGAUCGGACACAUUCACACUGAUUCACAGGAGAUAUGUUGGUGAAGAGGCCGAAGAGAAACUACUUUUUCAAGUCGAUAAAAGUGAUCAUCGGCGUGGAAGUCGUCCUUUUCGCUGGCAGCUACGUCAUCUGGAAGCAAAUGAACACGUCGCGUGAUUUCAGGUUGUUUGUGCACAAGAGAGCGCCGUUCAUCCUCAAUCAGUUCUACUCGUUUGGAAAAUCCUUCAAUAAAAAUUACGACUUGCAAGCUAGUGACAAGGCUUAUUGGCGUGAAAACCAUUUGAUAUAAAUGUUCAUUGAUCAAUGGCGUUUUUCCAAUAUCCUUUCUCCAUGAUAUGCAACAGUAGGAUAGAUUAUCUACAGCUAGAAGAUAUCAACAUAAUGUUUAGAGGAAACAUAAAUAAACAGAAUAGAUAACGAUUUCUGAGGUAGAAGUUAUUAUAAAUAGAAGUAUAAUGGAAUCCAACACUCCAAGCGAGGAAAGUUUAUCUGAGCGCAUCAACAAGAGGGACAGGGAGCGUAAAAAUGUGAUAGAAAAGCGUAAGGAAGAAAAGCAACACCUCAUUGUAGAGACCGAACAGGCUAGCUACUUUAAAGAUGCUUUCUACUCAACAUGUAAAACCAUCAGAGAUUUACUUGAUAGCGCUGAAUCUGUACCAGCUUCAACGCUGUCAGAAAUUUUUGACAAGGCAAACAAAGACAUAAUGAUGUUGAAAAAUUAUCUAUUCGAAUCAAAGAUAUUCCUGAAGGUCUAUGACAUUCGAAAAGCUCAAGAAACCCUUCAAAUUCUAGAGAAUGAUGCAGCUCAGCUGGAAGCUAAACUUGUACCAAGGAAAAAGUUUGGAUUCAAAAAUCGAAGAGUUAUUAAGAAAACAGCUGAUAAGCCAAGUGAUGUGACAGAUGGUUUAAAGGACUUAAAGAUUGCCGAAAGCAUUGCAACAAAUGGUGUAGGAAAACAGAACAAUAAGCAAAAUUACAGCAAAUAUGGUGAUAAUACGUGCAUGUUAUUAGAGAAAGUGGGGGAGAAAAUUGUGCUGGAUGCAGAAAAUGUGAAUAAAAAUGACGUGUUAUUGUCUGAUUUGACAAGGUGUACUGUUCGAAUAUAUGGGACACCAAACACGCUUCACAUGGUUAGUCUUGUACAAUGUACUGUUCUUAUUGGACCAGUGACAACCUCUGUAUUUGUGGAUGACUGCCGUGAUUGUGACUUUGCCUUUGCGUGUCAGCAGCUUAGAUUGCAUACUUCUACAAAUUGUACAAUAUAUUUGCAUGUAACUAGUAGAGCAAUCAUAGAGGACUGUACAAAGAUACGUGUAGCACCGUACAACUGGGCAUAUGAAGAUCAAAUGAAUCACUUCAAAUUAGCUGGCUUGGAUCCCAAAAUCAAUAAUUGGAAUUCCAUUGAUGACUUCAACUGGCUGUCAAAAGAAAAAAGUUCUCCUAAUUGGUCAGUUCUUGAACCUGAAUUGAGAGUAAAAUCAUGGGAUUGAUCAUGGUUGUACAAUAAAUAUUACAAAUUUUAUAAUUUUAAUUUUAUGCGAGACUGGAGAAAUCUAUUCAUUCAAUUUGAAAACUAAUUAUGUAUGUAUUUCCUUUUUACACAGUGAAACGAUAUUGCAUACUCGUUUAUUACAUGGUAAUUAAUAAAACUUUAUGCUUAUA